AUCGGUGUUGGAUUAAAACGACGAAGAUAAACGAACGAAAAGCACGUCUCUUCUCUUUUUCUCAAAUGGAGAUCGAACGGAAAUACUCUUACUGUGAUUUCAUAUUACGUGUGACGUUCGAAAAAUUGAGAGAACUUAUAGAAUUUUUUUCUUGUCUAUCCUGGACCUCUAAAGAGAAGAUAAUCGAAGAGAAGAUUUCUACGCUAGUGUCGCACAGAGAACGGCCGCUAUGUUCGGACCGGAGUCUUCGUGCUGUGGCGAGGGUUGGACAGGCGGUAAAUUUGGCGGUCGAAAGGUUCGUCACCGUUGGCGAGACAAUCGCCGACGACAAUCCCGAGAUCAAGCAGGACAUGUACGAGGCUUGCAAAGAGGCUCGAGUCGCUGGAUCAGCGAUAGAAAAAUUAUGCGAGUGUGCUAUGGAAGACAGUUUGGCAGAUCGAGGCUCGGUUGUCAGAGCAGCGAGAUGCCUUUUGGGUUCGGUUACGAGAGUCCUUCUUUUGGCGGACAUAGUAGUGGUGAAACAAUUGCUUUUAGCGAAGGACAAGGUAGCCCGUAGCCUUGGUCGCCUUGAGAGCGUUUCGAACUUUACGGAAUUCGUUAAAGCGUUUAGCCAAUUCGGUGCGGAAAUGGUGGAAUUGGCUCACCUCACCGGUGAUCGUCAGAACGAUCUGAAGGACGAGAGACGAAGGGCACAAAUGGCCGCUGCCCGACAAGUUUUAGAGAGAAGCACGAUGAUGCUACUCACAUCUAGCAAAACGUGCCUGAGACAUCCGGAAUGUCCCUCGGCAAGGGAGAAUAGGGACACAGUUUUCUGUCAAAUGAGAAGAGCGAUGGAUCUAAUACAUUACGUGGUCAAGGAUGGUGUCCUCGAUUGUAGCGAAUCUCAAUCUUACCCCAACUCUCAAAAUCCACAGCAAGAGGAUUGGGACAGUAGUACCGUGUGCUCAGCAUUGAAACAUUUCGAGAGGCUCGUAGAGACGACGAGGAUGACUCUAUUGGGACAAGGCUGUCGCGAAACACUGACAUCAGCCCUUGAUACCGUCGUUGAGAGAACGCAGGACUUCACCGAUAGCGCUUACACGAGUCACGAGCAUCGAGAGAAUAUCCUUCUGCUUUGCGAUCGAGCGAAACUCGAGCUGAAUACUCUCUUGCGGAUCGGUAACAGUAUGAACUUCGAAGGAGGCGGAUGUUCACCAAGCUCGGAGAUGGAACAAGCAGUAUUGGGAGUUCUUCGUGCUACUCGUGACCUUCGUCAGCAGCUUACGACGACGACGAUGGAACAAGCCGGUGACCUUGGACAGGUGACCAAAGCCGGUCAGGAAUUAGUCUCGACAAUUAGGAACCUCGCUUUGGCUAACGAAAUCGACCGACUUCAAGAGAGCAGCGACAGGUUUCACGAGUACAUCGAACAUAUUCUCGAAGUAUGCAAACUCUUGAGACACGUUGCACUUUCGGAGUCCCUACAAGUUUCCGCAAAGUUCACCGAAAUCAACCUAAGAAUUUACGGGCCUCAAGUGGUGACAGCUGCGCACACGUUAGCUAGGCAUCCUACUAGUAAAAUUGCUAAAGAAAAUUUAGAAGUUUUCGCUGAUAUGUGGCAAUGGUUGAUGACCGACGUGACGACAGUAGCGAAAGAUGUUUUGGAGUUGAGUCAGAAUCGACCGGAAAAGCAGGUGUACAUGUCCUUGCCACGGCCAGGUAAACAUGGUACGACGAGCAAGCCAUUGAAACCAGUAAGAUUGGACAGCGAGGAACAAGCAAAGAUAGCGAAGGCUGGCCUUGAGAUGAAGCUGAUCACAUCGGAGAUGGACGCUGAGACGGAAAAAUGGCAAGAGAGUGGUAGCGCAUUAGAGGAGAACAACGACAUCGUGAAACGUGCGAAGAAUAUGUCGUCGAUGGCUUUUUCGAUGUAUCAGUUUACAAGGGGAGAGGGAGCCCUUAAAACGACACAGGAUCUUUUCACGCAAGCUGAGUAUUUUGCGGAGGAGGCGAAUAGAUUGUACAAGGUUGUGAGACAAUUUAGUUAUCAGGUACCGGGUGGACCGCACAAGAAAGAACUAUUAGAAAAUCUGGAUCGAGUGCCAACGUAUGUGCAGCAGUUGCAAUUCACCGUGAAGAACCCAACCGUUGGUAAAGCGGCGACAUUUACCAAAGUCGACAACGUUAUACAGGAGACAAAGAACUUGAUGAACGUGAUAUCGAAGGUGGUCACUACGUGCUUCGUCUGCGCCACAAAGUACAACCUGGAUUUCCGAGGUCUGUCGGCGCGCGGGGCCGGCGGCUCGCCGUACAGGGGCGGAGAGGGUGGAAGCGCCGACGGCGAGGGUGGAGGUAUCGGUGUCGACGGCAGCAAGGCGGGCUCCGCCCCCGGCAGCGAUCCGUCCGUCUGACAGUUUGGGAUGGCCCGACGGGCCAAGGGGGACGCUCGCCGCACUCGGGUCUCCUUUCUGCUUUUCUAGGAAGAGCCUCGCCUGCCCCACAAUGGAACGUACACGUCGACGACGACGACAACAACAACAACAACAGCAACAACAGCAACAACAACAGCAACAACAACAACAGCAACAACAACAACGACAAAAAAGUCAUCCUAUUAUCGAUCAUUAUUAUCGAUCGAUCGAUCGAUCGUGUACUUACAUUCGUCGAAUUAUCACGAGCCUGCCUCUCGGUCCGAGAUUCCAAUCGUUCCUCCAUCUUGUCGUUACUAUCGUUAUAUAUUUCCUUCCUUACUCUGUUUCUCUCCUCUAGAUAGACACGUACACGUGCAUACACUUCUAUAUUACUCUAUUAUCAACUAUUAUCGACUAUUAUUAUCAUCAUUAUUAUUAUUAUUAUUAUUAUUAUUAUUAUUAUUGUUGUUGUUGUUAUUAUUAUUAUUAUUCUUGUCAUUCUUCUUCUUCUUAUCAUAUUCAUCAUCAUCAUCAUUAUCAUCGUCAUCUCUUUCUCUUCCCCUAACAUCAUCGUCAACCAUCGUCGAAUUAUCUAUCGUAUUAACGUACUUUAUCUACUUGUCGAUAUCUCAUCGAUCGAUAUUAUUAUCGAUCGCUCUUGUCGCCUCGCGCGUCUAAACUGAUACCUAUAUAUGUCUACAUACAUACGUUAUCAUAUCUAUAUUAUCGCUCUUCUAUAUCGUAAUCGAUAAUAUCCUAAAAUUUUUAUCGACGUAGACAUUACCCGAUACGCGUCCUUACCACUCUUGAUCCAAUUUCGAUCAAAUCGAAACGAUACUUGAUCUUUAUCGAUUCGAACGAACGUUCCUCUAUCUAAUAAUCGAUCGAUCAAUCCAUCGAUCCAUCGAGAUCUAUCGAUCAAUCCUAUCCUUAAUCAUUCUCGUUUCAUUCGCUAGCAAGACUAGACAUUGACUAACAAAGGCAAACUCGUGAUCUUUAUUCAAUGAAUCGAUCAAUGCUGAAUGAAUCUUUAUAUCACGAUCGAAUACGAUCAUCAAAAAUAUCUUCGUCUAUGUUCGACGUUUACGUUCCAUCAUCAUUCGCUAAAGUUCUUUCGAAUGUUAUCGAAAUAACUAUACUAACUUCGAUCACGAGAGCGAUCACGUUAAUGCGUAAAAUGAUAAAUCGAGGCUUAGAAAGAGAGAAAUAUAUAAGAGAGAGAGAGAGAGAGAGAGAGAGAGAGAGAGAGGGCUAUUAAAAGUCGCACGCAAAGGCACGCUACGCAAGCGCACGCGCAGGUGCACGCGCACGCCAGGCACGCACGAGAUUAUCGUAAUUAUUGCUGACGUAGUAAUUAGCACGUGAUUAUUAAAUUAAAAUCGAUUGCGAAAUCGCACGGCUCGCUGAUCGUCGAUGAGCUACAAUGUCACCAUACUUACACUUUAUGUAGAUCCUUUUCUAAUGUCGAUCGAUUGUCGAAUCUUUAGAAUCGAAUUCGUUCGAUUUUCGUAAAUAUACAUACAUACAUACAAUACGAUACAAUACAAUACAAUACAAUACGUAAUAUGUACGAUACGUUAAAGUUACGUGGAAAGAGGGAUUAAGCGAAGACCGCGUGUCUGUGUGUGUAUGUAUAUGUGUGUGUGAGAGAGAGAGAGAGAGAAAGGGAGAAAGUACGUUCACGUUCGUGAACACUCAUCUCUAUGUGAGAAAAAUAUGAAGAAAUAUUAAUUUUCAAACGUGCAAGCGAGAAGAUGACUCGGUACGUCGUACAAACGGUAACCAAAAAAAAAAAAAAAAGAGAAAAAAGAAAUAAUAAAAAUAAAAAUAAAGUAAAAAUGAAAAGAAGAAAACGAUUUAGCUCUAGAGAAAUAAUACGAAACGCGACGAUAAAGGAAAGGGGACGAAAGGGGAGAGCGAGAGAAAGAAAAUCAAGAAACGAAAAAAAAAUGGGUUUAAUAAUAAUCGUUCUUCCAAAGCCGACAAGUUGGUGCAACGACAAUAAUAAACAGCGUCGAUAUGGAGUGCCUUUUUUAGGUGUGAGAAUAGAGGCUGACUUCCACUUCCAUAGUUACGCCAACUUCGGUUUAUGAGAAAGUGUAUGGUUGUGUGUGUGCGUGUGCGUAUACAUGUGUGUCUUCGUGCGGUUAGAUUCGUCAUAAACCGAGAUGAUUAGAAAGAAGAAAAUACGUGACGUUUUUUUCUUUAGUAAAAAUAUGAGAAAAAUAAAAAGAAACGAACUAAAAGGAAAAGGUAAAAAAAUGGUAAAGAGAAAGGUCCAGUUAACUUUAACGUCUCGUGCAAAAAAGAAACGCCAUUUUCUCUUCGAGGCUGUAUACGCUUUUUCGAAACAGCAGGUGCCAAAGAAAAGGGAAGAGAAAGAAAAUAAGAUUAAAUGAAACGAGUGAGAGAGUGUGUGUGUGUGUGUGUGUGAGAGAGAGAGAAAGAGAGAAAGAGAAAGAGAAUUAGGCGAAAAGCAGAAAUGAAAGUUCGUGCGAAUUGUUGAAAAUUAUUAUUAAAGGAAAAAACGAGAGGAAAAGUAAACUUAGCGAAAAUUGAAAAAUCUUUUUCGUUAUUCCAUUCGUAACGUCUGAAAGAAAAAUAUGUGAGAACGUUUUUCUUAA